AUGUGCCUCAAUCCCCUAGGUUGCAUCCAACCGUCUGGCUCCCUAUUAUCACCGCAUCAUCCAGCCCGGCUGAGUAGUACUCAAGUCAUCAAUAAUCCCGAUCUGGAUCAUGCCUCUGCCCCCAAAACCGCCUCUGGGCUUCCUCGCGAAGCCAUCUAUUCCGCUGCGCCUCCUCCAGAUGCGCAGGCGAGCGGCCGCACUUGGGGCACACGAAUGCGCUUGCAACCCACAUGGGCUGCGGGUUGA